AUGGACCAAGAAGACCCGAAUUUGCUGAUAGCCCAUCAGCCUAGAAAACUGCGAUUGUUAUAUGAGCCCCUCUGUUUGCUCCACACUUUGAGCGAAGUCCGAGGGGAUCGGAUCAAGCCCGGCGAAGAAAGCAUGGGAUCGACUCAACCCAAGUACUAUCGAAACUUUGUGGAUGCCAUUGCCUACAUAUGUGCGUAUCAGAAGAAACCUGGCUAUGUUACCGCGGUAGCUCUUGAAGAAACCCCAGAUGCGAUAGUGAUCCUGAUAGCUGCCAAUGGUGGGAUUGAUAGGGCAGUCCGAACUCUUUUAGAGGACGUUUGCCUGAUUAUCUUGUGGAUAGUCGAGAAUUCUACCCUUCAACUGAACACAGAGGAAGGCCAAGGGGUUAUGAAGAUCUUGACUGACUAUGUGCUGCCUCUCAACGCCCCGAAGAUCUUUGAAUACUAUCAGCAAGUGAAUAAAUCGGUCUCAUCUGUGAUGGGCGGACUGAACACUGAGCCUGGAUUAAAAGAUCACAGUAGCAUCAUAAAGCUCCGAAACUGGUUUUCAGCACACUUAUCGAAGGAAGGUGUCCAGCUUCAAGAGUGCGACAUGCCAGCUUUAGCCCUCUCCAGCUACAAGGACCGGAAGUUGUUCACGGCCUUGCAUCAAACCUCCGAGAGCCUUGAGCAAUGUCGGAAAUUUGAGCGACUCCAUAAGUUGCUCUACAAGCUGGGGAAGCAUGUGGCCCGGUGUAAACGUCUGGUUGAAUCCACCAUCGGACUCCGAUUGACACUAUCCCGAGGCUUGCGCAUUGAAACAAUUGGCGCGUCGCCGGAGAACCCGAUCAUACUUAUGGAGCGUACUUGUACCAUACAGAAGAUUAGCAACCGUAUGUUUUCUGACCCAGCAAAGCGGAAUGUGUUCUUGCAGCAGCUACAACGAAUAUACACGGGGAAAGAAUUGGACAGAGUGCUGUCUAAGGAUGUCUGCAAAGGAAAAACCCGCGUACAUGCUGAACUCCUGGUACUUGAUCACUUUGAGCAGACGGGAGGUAGGUUUCUGGAUGAGCGGGACAGGUAUAUUGGAUGCAGCAAGCCAGCAUGCUACCUCUGUCAUCUGUUUAUUUCCUGCCACCCAGGACGCUACGCAACUCCUCCCUCUCAUCAGAAGCUCUAUAUGAACUGGCGACUUCCCGAUAUCCGUGCAAACGAGCAGAAUGCCGGGAUGCGCUUUCAGCGUCAACAGGACGUUCUUCCUCGCAUGACUGAAACUGUUCGGAGAGAUUUGAAGAAUGAUAUCGCUACCGGUGUCGGUAAGAGAAUGGCGUUCCCGGACUCGACAGCAGGGGGAUCUUCAACCAUUUUUGAAAUUGAUUCUGACCUCGGUCCUUCUAUGGCUGCUCUUUCCCUUGAUGGAUUGAGAAAAAAGCUCGCCCAUCAACAUGAAGCCGUCCGAGCUUUCCAAGAGCCUCAUAUAGACUCGAGGGUUAACCUUUGGGGUAUUCCCUCAAUUUCUAGUGAGGGUAGCGAAGAGGCUGAAAGUGAUGAUGACUCCACCACAGGCGGGGUGAAAGUUUAG